AUGAUUAUUGAUUUAGAUAGGAAUCGAACAAAAAAUGAAACAGUUUACAGAAAAUCUUUUGAUAUUAAAUGCGUUUAACAUGUAUCAAAAAAGACAAAUGAACAAUAUUUCAACUAAAACUAUUAACCAUACUAAAAAGCCAGCCUAUCUAGAUCAAAUAUUCUAAAUUUUAGUGGUUAUAUAGAAGAUAUUGAAAAUAGUUUUUUAAAUAAAAAAGAAAACAAUUAAACUAUUAAUAAUGAUAAAACAUACUUUUUAAGUGAUGUUUUUGACAAAGAAAUCACGUAAAAUCAAAAUGAUGAAUGUAAACAAAACAGUUUCUUUUAAAAUAGUCAUGAAAAUAAAUCGUAAAAGCACACUUUCUUAGAAAAUUCUGGAUUGAACUAGCAAUAAACAACAAGCUUUUCAUAAAUAGAUUUGAAAGAUGAAUAAAAGCAAGGCACGCAUCAUAAAAAUUACUAAUAUCACAAAUAGGAGAUUUCUGCCGAAUGGAUAUUUCAUUAAGGAGUGUAAGCAGCCUUAAAACAGUUUAUUUUGAAUAACGAUUAAAAAAUUUAAAUAUAUAUGUCUCAAAAAAAAUAUUAUUAUUCAAAAAAACUGAAUUAGAUAUCACAAAUUAAUAUCUAUUUCAGGAACUCGCGAAUCUUUUGA